CCCCAAUCUCGGGGUCCCUAGACACACUCUCAGGGAGCAGACCUAUCUGGUACUCCCUCUCUGAUUGUUGGAACCUGCUGUUCACCCUACAGGUGCAGUGCUUACUCUUCAGACUCACCAGUACUUGAACGUGGUCUACACAGAACUCCUCUCAAAGAGCAGGCUUGCUAUAAGGAAGCACUGCACCAUUCUAGUUUCUGAGAUCUCAAUGUAUAAGGAAGUAACUGUUAAUAAUCAACACUCGCUGCAAGAUCGAGAGAGAGCUGUGCUGCUGAAAAGCAGGUGUGCUUCAUAUAGUGUGUAACCCUAUGGGCACUGAUGAAACGAAUAGAAGUUUUGCAGCCAUGGAUAAUACAAGGACUCAAGACACUAUUCCACAGCUCAGCCAGGAAAAAAUCCUGAAAAUUAUGAACAUGGUGAAAAAUAAAGAACUGAGCAUCGAAGGAGCUUUGGAUUUGGCACAGAAAGAGAUGCAUGCAGAAAAGGAAGCAAUGAAUAUGGCAUUCCCGAUGGAUUCGCAGGAUUUGCUGACUGGUUCACAGUUCAACUUCAGUGUCUACAAAUACAAACGAUAUAGGUGGCAGAAACGAAUUUUGCAGAUUGAUUUUAACACAGAGACCAUUUUUAACAUUGAGAAAGGGAUCAUCAAGAAACAGUUCCCAUUUUCACAAGUUAAAUCCUAUGAAGACAGUGAAGGGAGGCGCUUCAGCAUUGCAUUUCAUGGGCGUGCGGAUUAUGAGCUGGAAGCAAUGUCUCUUGAAGAUAAAAGAAAAAUAUCACACCUGGUGAACAAAGUUACUCGCAGUAAUUCAUACAGGAGACCUGCAGUGUCCUGCUCUGGAAGACCUGCCAAAGAUGAUGUGAUACAUGAAGGACUACUGGAUCUGCAGCAAGACAGUUUUGCAUCUAUUAAAUGGGUGAAAUAUUUCGUGCAGCUAAGUGAAGGAGAACUGAGUUUAUCUUGCAUUGGCAACAAUGGAGAGAACAAGAAUGCAGACCCUGUAGCAAAGACAAUUAAUUUGUCAGAUGGAAAUGUGAGCAUCAUUAAAGAGAAUGGAUAUGAUACUUUCUCCGUCCAGACCAAGGAACACAAUUACUUGUUUCGAAUACCCUUUACUGUCCAGAAUAACAGAGCAGAGGACAUUAGCAAGCUCCAAAAUGAAUGGGUAUCGCUUAUAGACAGGUAUUGCAUGCUGUGGAAGAAGCACUCAGAACCUCAGGAUGGCUUUGGAGAAGGCACCUCAGAGGCUGUAUAUGAAAAACUCAUCAUCUCUCCAAAUAAGCGGGCAGAAGGAGCUCACUGUCUUGCUGUGGGUUCCGAAGCACCCUCCCGAUCAACCCCCUUCACAGAGCAAACAACCCCAGGAUCAUCAUUUCCGCUUUCCAGAGUUCAGGCAGUGGUGCCACCACCACCUUCUUUCCCUCCGCCCUCCCGCCCCUCUCCAGCAUCGAAAAGAACAAAAGCUUUUCACUGGGAUGUUGUUCCUCAAGACAAGAUUCAGAAAUCAAUCUGGGCAUCAUGUAGCCAACAUAAGAAAAAAAUAGAUGAAUCUAGAAUCUACGACCAGUUUCAUAUCCAGGACAUGGUGAUAUUUUCAGGCAACGAACCUUCAGUGAAUCGGCAUAUUAUGUUAAAUCAAAAAAUUGCACAUACCUUCAACAUUUUUCUGAAAAGUUUUCAUAUAAAACCAAACCAGCUGAAAGAAAAAUUAUACAUUCUACAUGAAGACGGUGGUGGACUUACAGAUGAGCAGAUUACAGCCUUAAGAAGAUAUCUGCCAACUCCAAAAGAUUUAGAAAUGUAUCAGUCCUUCAAGGGAUCUCCUUCAGAGCUGCAUGUUGUUGAUCAGUUUAUGCUAGAGAUGUGUAAAAUUCCUCAUUUAGGCCAAAGAUUGGAUCUUUUGCUUACGAUACGAGAACUUCCCGUGUGCAUGGGCGAUCUGGAGCCUCUAAUAAACCAGAAGAUUCGAGCGUGCAAAGAGCUGCAAGCCAGCCAGAAAUUUGUUGCUGUGUUGGAGUACAUCUUAGCCAUUGGGAACUACUUAAAUGAAAAGGCUGGAAGAGAGAUGGCUAAAGGAUUUCAAUUGUCUUCUUUGACCAAAUUAUCGCUGCUGCGGGGUAAGGAGAGGAAGAUCACCUUGCUUCAUGCCCUUGUGGAACAGAUCAUCUUACAUGAGCCUGAUUUGGCUAAAUUUUCUCAGGAGUUGACAGAAUUUGAAGCUGUUCCUGGUGCUUCCAUCAAAGGUCUCCGUGCUGAAGUUGAUGUGUUAAAGAAAGAAUUGGAAAAUGUUAUUCAGUACAGAAAGUUUAUCAAGUCCAAGACUAUCAAGGCAACAACUCAAGAGUCUCAGUUCUACAAGGAACUAAAGGAUCUAAUUCAGGAGUAUGAAGGACAUCUUUCCCGAUUGUCAAAAAGAUGUGAUGAAAUGAAGAAGCUCUACACUGACACACUGGUAAAAUUUGGGGAAUCACCAGAUCAAGACUCUCAAGAGCUAUUUGGCUGGAUUUCUGCAUUCAUUAGGGAAUUCAGGAAGGUCUCUGCAGACGUUAUGUCAUAAAGUCACCAAUAUAAUGUUAAAGGAAAAUAACUUUUUCUUAAAUUUUGUGCCAUGGAACUGAGAGCUUUUGGGGGUACUUAGAUGGCAUAUAGAAAUUGUGCUUGCUCUCUGAGCAGGAUUGAAUUUUGCCCUGUGUGGUAUAGGUAAAGUAGAUACUAUACAUUUACAAGGUUUUAAAAUUUGACCUUCAAAAUCCCAGAUUAUCUAUGUGCAUCUUCCUGGUUUUGUUUCUAACUUUCUUACCAAUGCAUCUAUUUUGGGGGCCAAAAAUAUUUUAUCCACUGAAAUGUCUGUACACUGUGAGGGGAGAAAAUCUCAGCAUAUUAUAAAUUCUCUUUUUAAUACUUUUCUUUGAUACUCAGUCUUUUCAGUGAAUUUUAUGACGUUCUCCCGAGGAAAGAAUAACUGUGUGGUGUUCUAAUUUUUUACUCUACUUACUGUAAUUUUACUAAAUAAUGUAUCAUCUGCUUUGUAAUGAAAUGUGGACUCUUUACCCACAGAGGAAAACGUUUAGCAGAAAUUCAUGUUCAUCUGCAUCUAUUACAGCCUGGCAACUAAGAAUGAAUAAUGAGAAGAGUGUAAGGCUGCAUACUUUUUUUUUUUUUUUUUACAAAGCAGCACAAUAAAAUUGUGCUUUUUUCAUGACUAAUGUUGUAGA